AUGACCUCCUCCGUCGACUCCAUCCUUCCCGACGACGGCGCUAGAACCCGCGCCCGCACUCCAACCAGCGCCGCCCAAGCUUCCUCAGCUGGUAUCGACGUAUCGGAGCUUUCUCCUCCUGGCUCCCAGACAAAGCAAGAGGCUGGCACCUCUGUUGGGGAUAUUGGGACUGCGCUGGAACACAACGGAGGACAGACUGCAGAGAAGUUGGUUGAGUCGACUCUCGCGGCGUGGAAGAGCAAGCGUGCUCAGGACGAAUACCAGCGUGCUAUGGAGUAUGUCAUUGAUAAAGACUUCAAGCUAGAUGAAUUCGGGGACCCUUUUGAUGAACGUGACUUGGCGGAGAAGUUGCUAUGA